AUGUCCGAAGAGAAGACUGGACAGAUUCAGAAAAUUCCUGUUGGCCAUGGAACGGACCCUGGUCAAGUCGUGGGGGAUAUAACUGCUAGCAUACAGAGUUUCUUCAUAUCUUCUCAGUUUUCGGACCUUGUUAUCAAAACCGAAGAGCAAGAAUUCAAGUUGCACAGAUUAAUUAUCUGUGGGCAGUCUGAAUAUUUUGCGCGAUUGUACAGGGGCAACUGGGCAGAGACCGCCGACAAUACGAUCCAGUUGAAUGACGAUGAUCCUCGUGCUAUCGAGGCAAUGAUCCACUUUAUGUACGGCAUUGACUAUGAUAGCAGCGGUAACGAGCUUGGCCGCGUUUCUCCUAUGAUCUUCAAUGUCAGGUUAUAUCAGGUCGCGGACAAAUAUUUUGUACCCCAGCUCAAGCAAAGGGCCAAAGAGAAGUUUGGACAAAUCGCAAGAACCUGUUGGCAGAUGGAUGAUUUCCCCGUUGCCAUUGCUGAGGCAUAUCAAUGUACUCAGAAAGAUGAUGGAGAUCUCCGAGAGCUACUGGUGCAAAUUUCAAAGGAUCAUAUCGUUGAACUGAUGAAGAGUGAAAGGUUUUGUUCUGUCCUCGAGGAAACUGUCGGCUUUGCUGCCGAUCUCGUCACAUCUCUGUCUGGAGAAAGAGGGUCGACGAAAGAUCACCACAAAUAUUACUGUUCUCAAUGUUCUAAUAAUUGGUCCUGGUGCAAGUCUGGGGGGAUGCAUUAUUGCCCAUUCUGUGGUUGUUCCGGAGCAUUUAGACGAGAAUAA